CCUCCCAGUCUGUACGGUCUCCGACGGCUCACGUUACCGUAGUCACACAGACGAGGGGGGCAGUCUGUCGGUGUGACGGUGCUGCGCUCUUUCUCCACCAGUCACACCAACUGACUGCACUUUCCACCAAAUAUUAGUCAGAGUUGACGGGAAAGCGGAACCAGUCAAAGUGCAGCCGGACUCGUUUCAACACAGCAGUGCGGAGGAGCAGUGCUUCGUUCUCACACUCAGUUCUAACCUAACCAGAGGAAACUGGACGAUUUCAGGAAUUACUCAACCGCGUCAUGAAGAACAAAUAAGCAACUAUUUGAAUCCAGCCACAGAGGUCAUGGAUGCAAGCUGGAAAAAUGCUCUGGAAGAGGAGCUCCUGUGUCCAAUCUGCCUCAAUGUUUUCGAAGAACCAGUACAGUUGCCCUGCAAGCACAACUUCUGCAAAACUUGCAUCUCAGAGGCGUGGUCUGGUGUCAUCAGCACUGGGAUCCGCUGCCCAGAAUGCAACCAUGAAUAUAGCCAGAAACCCGUACUGGAGAAAAACUUCAAACUGGCCAACAUUGUCAAUCGUUUCAAUGCAUUAAAUACCGAGAAGGCCCCUGUUGUGCUGCAGUGCGCCCUCUGCAGACGAGGUCCUUCGCUGCCCGUACGCAAGGUCUGCCUGCGCUGCAAGGAGCCCUGCUGCCAGACUCACAUCCAAACACACCUGCAGCAGCCCUGUGCUGCACCGGGACACCUGUUAGUGGACGCUGAGGAGCUGAGCGCCUGGACCUGCCCCACACAUGAGGACUACAGGCUGCUGCACUGUGAGGAAGACCAGGUGGCUCUGUGUCCUUUGUGCUGCAUCUCCCACUGUUCUAAAAAAAGACAUCACGUCCGUGAUGUGGAUACAAAACGAGUACAAGUGCAGGCCAUGCUAAUGAAGCAGAAAGACAAACUGAAUGGUCGUGUCCAGUGCAUAGAUGAGCAGAUUACCAGGCUGGAGACAGACAGGACAGUGAUGAAGGAUGCAGUGUCUGAACUGAUGGAGAGAUUGCGAGCCCAGUAUCAGAGGAUGCAUGCGCUGCUCCAAGCCAAGCACAAUGAAACCAUGCAGAUGCUGGAGAGCAGCUGCAUCAUAUACGAGAGGAGGAACUCUCAGCAGGGUCUCCAGCUGAAAGCUCGGCGUCAGGAGAUGGAAAAACUCCUGAGCUCAGUACAAAUGUUAUCCCAAAGAGCAGAAAGCAUAAACUGUGUGAAGAAUACCAAACCAUUCAAGAUGCUGCUGGACAGGUUCAAUUCACACUUGAGUCAUGCCAUUCCUCCAAUCAGAGUGGGACGACUCAACUCCAAUGAUUUGCUUUCUGACCUGUCAGACAGAGAGAAGGACUUGCGAAAAAUUCUGGCAGAACCGUUUAAAGAGGAAACCAUAGUGGAGGUUUUCCAGCCUCAGAGCAACUCUGCCUGCUACCAGACAGAGAACCGUUCAGCAUUAAAGAAAAGAAAAUACAGCAUCAGCUUCGGGGAAAGUGACACAGAAAACUCACCCUCCCAGAAUCAACCACCGCUGCUCUGCAGUAGUAAAAAGCCCUCCCUCCAUCGAGCCCUGUCCAUGUACUCCUCCGAGUUCCUCUCUCAAAAUUCUCACAUUGGCCCCGGCCACAGUCGGCUCCUGGACUCUCCAGCUCACCCAGCUAUGGUUUUGGGGUCGUCCUCUGGCCACCACUCAGGGACCGUUUUCUCCUCCUCCCACUUCCCUAGUGGGGAGACGUCAACACAAGCCAUGUACGAAGGGCGCAACAUACUGAUGUGCGCUCAGAAUAACUGCUGUUACUCCAGGGCCCCCGCUGCUCGUACCCAGCCUCCGUACCCGGCGACAGACUCCUUCCCCUCCAUGACUUCUCAGGAGUUCCCUGCACAUGCUCCACUCCCUACGAACCAGCCGCUGCAGCAUUACCCUGUCAGGGGGCUGAUGGAAGCCUCCCACAGCGCCAGACAGCCUGACUUCUACAGUCUGUAUGGACAGUCUUCAGCCAAGCAUUUUAUCAACAAGUAAUAAAAGAGAAUUAUCGCUGAAGCAGUCUCAGAUUUUCAUUCCGCUUUUUCCUUUGGUCCCCUUCGUUUUCCUUUACUGCUCUAUUUCGGGAAUCACUGUUUAUUUAAUGAAUCACUGUGACAGCAGCAACGCUGUAAUUUGUCUAUUUCAAAUUAAAUGCAUUUGCCAGUGUCAACAAUACAGUAUACUCUUAAAGAAGUGAACUAAAAAACGUCAUCACAGGUCCUGACGUGUGGUUUCAUUGGUGCCCUAAAAAGGCUCUUGACCAUUUCCUGUUUCUGCCUGGAACCAAAUAAAGAACCUCUUAAUUCAC